CACAUAUUUAAUAUUUUAUAAUAUUAAAUCUGUUAAUCCCCCAGGUGACCCAGUAAAGUCCUGAGAGAUUAACAGAUGCCUUUCAUGCUACAAGAGCUACUUUUAUGCCCCAGUCUGGAGGACUGCAAAUAUAUAACUCCCCAUCAUGCCCACUGAUUGAUAUGUCCGGACUCCUUGUCCUAUCAAAUUUCCCUCCCAUGAGCUAUGCAGAUAAGUCAGAGAAGAUGUGGGUUUCUUGUCCUCACCACUUUGCUUGGUGCAAAACUGUUCUUUUUCUAUUUUUUUGUUAGAUGCUGCAGACAGCUGUGCAAUUGUCUGAUAAAGAACGUGGACAACCUUCUGAUGUCAGCAGUUUAGUACCUUGUGGAGAAGUGGUUGGUUGCUUAGCUGUUUGUGUGAAGUUAUGCAAAAAUUUUACAUCAAAAUUUGACGUACAGCAAAACACAAACUUGCUUCUGCGCAUGACUGUUAAUGGAAUCAUGAAAUGCACGAAUCCACAAAUUCUCAAAGUGCACCAGAGGAGCUACUUAAAGGAUGUUACAGUUAACUUUGGAGAUGUGAAAUAUUUCUCUAUACAGGUUCCAAGGCAGCAACAGGAUAUGCAAAAUAAGAUUAUUUUAGAAUUAGUAGAAUUUCAGAGUCCAAAAGAAUUUCCAAAACUGCUGGGGUAUGCAACAGCACACCUUUAUGAAGUUAUUCAGAGAAGCCAUUUCACUGAAACACUGACCAUGAGGAAUAGAAACAUAGUUGUCUGCACUUUGCAAGUGGAGUUUACAUUCUGCUAUGGAAGUUUUGGAUAUGGUUACUCACACCAGUUGAAACAGCCUGAACCAGAACUUCAGAAGACUAUUAAACGUUCCAUGUUUCUUCGGAUUCCACCACUGAAAGACAGAAGGGAUUGUCAAAGUAGUGUCACCACAGCACAGUUCCUGGGAUAUCCAGCAUUCUUAUCUCCAGAUCAGAGUAUGGCAGACGGAACUGUUGAGAGAGAAAUUUCUUCACCUGGUGUAUCCUCAAAGGGCUUAGGCAUACUUCAGAAUGGUCUGAAAAAGAUUCCACCUCAAAACAGACUGGAAAAAAUGAAAAAUGAAUAUCGGGCACUAAAAACCUGGGAGAAAAAAGCUGAGUAUUUAGAUGAACUCAUCAUGAAAAAGGGACCUAAAAUGACCACAGGACAGCAUAUGGCAUUUCACUUCAAAGAAAUGGAUGAAAAGAGGCAAAAAACUUCUGGGGAAAGAAGCAGAACAUUAAUGGGUUUGGAAAACAUUACACAUGAUAAACAAUCUCUGAUUAUUUUUUCCUUAUCUGAAGUUGAUUCAGAGUUACAGGGAGAGGAUCUGUGUAAAACAGAGACUAAAUUGAAAGGUUAUUCAAAUCUGUCCUUCAGAAUUUCGGAGCAAGUACUGAAAACUACAGAAAAAAUGCAUCGUGGUGAUUCCUCAGAAUAUGCAGAAUCUGACCCAAAACUUCAGCCUCUUCCUGCAGUGGUUAUAACAUCCACAUCAAGUGUUUCUCAAAAAUCAUUAAUUAGGAACCCAAAGGAACAUUUGGAAAGGACAUCUUCAGUUUGUUUCAAACCUAUGGACUCAGAAUAUGUUAUUGCUGUAGUUCCAGACUGGGAAAUAGAACUGAGAAGAAAACCUAACACAGAAAAAAUAAGGGUUCUGGAACCAACUAAAGCUGACCUUAUACAUUUAGAAGAUCAUCCAGUAAUACAUUCUCAGGAUUUUGCCUCUGGUAUUUCAGAGAGAGCACGUAUCAGUCCCCAGGUUUCAGUGACUUCUGAAAGUGUACCAGUGAUCAUCGUAAGUGAGCCAUCAGGUAAAACAGCCAAAAAGUUGCAGCAGUUUCCUCUUAAAGAGAUUGAAUACCAGCAACCUGUUCUUAGUGGGGACAAAUUUGAACCUUUUUUGAGACAUAUAGGUAGAACACAAUCAACUGUAUAUGAAAGGAAAGAAGCUGGGCUGGAAGCACCUAUUUUCAGUGUUCUGGAAAACAAACUUCUCUGUGCGGAUGUCAAAGAGGAAGAAGACCAGGAUCCACCUAUUGGAACACCUUCAAGAAAAGCAGCAAGUAGUUCAGAUGUUGAGUUAAGCAAGAGUUGUCAGCGCCUUUCCAUAUUACAACUUAUAGAAUCAAAGAUUAAAUUAGAAGAGGAGCAGCAAGAUCUUUCUUUACUAAAUGUUAAAGAACCAUUAUUGUUGACUAUAAAUACAAAUUUGCCUGAAAAAUGGCAAGAGAAGAGACUUUCAGAAACAGAAAUAAUGCAUCCAAACAUAUUUUUAAACAAUGCUCUUGAAGACUUUCUUGUAGACAGACUUAUAAAUAUAAUAACAUUAAAAUCUGUAUUAAGCAGUAGUCUUGGCGAGAUGAUCUCAGAGAGACUUUCAGAAAUAAUGGUAGACACAAAGACAGAAUUGGAGGAAGAGUACCAGAAUCUACAACGUUUUGUGGAUGGAUCACCAGUUGUUUUGGAGAGAGAUUUACUUGAAAAGGGACAGAAUUAUUACAGGCUUUCUGAACCAGACACAAUAAGUUUAAAAUCAGUUUUAAGUCAGAACUUGCAGGAUCGUCUCAUAGAGAGAUUUUCUGAAACAGGAAUAAUCACAGACUUGGAGUUAGGGAAGCAGCACCAGAAUCUGCCAUUUCAAGAAAUAAAAGAUAUGGUUGGGGACAUGGAUUUAGAUGAGAAAACACAUAAUUAUGAAAAGACAGCCUCAGAACCUGAAGUAGUAGAUCUGAAACCUGUUUUAAAACAAAAUCUGCAAGAUUUUGCCAGAGAGAGGCUUUUAGAAUUGGGUUUAAUGCUAAGCAAUGAUGAGAGACAACCAAAAUUUGAGGCAGAGUCAUCUGAGAAAAGCAAAGAUCAGUCUGGAAAACAGUAUUCAGAAACAGACAUAAGAAUAAUAAAAUCUUUAAGUGAAAACCUACAGGAUCUUCCAGAUGAGAGACUUUUAGAAUCAGGAUUAAUAAAAGUCACUGAAUUAGAGCAUGAAUGCCCAAAUUUGACUUCUCAGUUUUUUAAAGACAAACAAUCAAUAGAUGAGAAAAGGACAAAAUGUUUUAAGAAGAAGUCUUUCAAAACAGAAAAAAUAAAAAUAGAAUCUGCUCUAAGUCAGAAUCUACAAGACCAUAUGUCAGAAAGUUGCUCAGAAAGAGGGAUGGACACAGAAAUUAAGUUAGGAAAAGAGCAAAAGAAUGAGUCAUUGCAGAUAAUCAAAGUAAGAUUGCCAGUGGAUUUGGAGACAGAGGUACCUAGGAGAGAGGAAGAUCAUCACAAGCAAAGGCUUACAAAAUCAGAAAUAAAUUCAAAAUCUGCUUCAGACAAAACUCUCCAAGAUACUUUCAUAGAAAAACUUUUGGAAACAGAAAUAAUGAGUCUAAAGACUUUUUUAAAUCAGUGCCUCCAGGAGAAGCUCUCUGAGACAAGAUUAGUUACAGAGGAGGAGUUAGAAAAUGUACAACAGAACCACUCCUUGCACCACAUUGCAGAAAGACAACCUAGAGUAACAGAAACAGAUUUACCUGAUAUAGGACAAGUUCGUCCUAGUGAAAGUCUUGCUAAACAACAUAUAAUAAAAGGAAGACCUAUUUUAAAUGGAAAUAUACAAGACUUUCUACUAGAGGCACUCUCACAAAGGGAAAUCAUGCAUCUAAAGUCAAUUUUAAGCAAAAAGAUCCAAAAUCAUCUUAUAAAAAGAUUCUCGGAAAUAGGGGUAAUCACAGAGGAAGAGUUAAGAAAGAUAUACCAGAGUUUGUUUGUGUUGAGAGCCAAUGAAAGACUGUCAAAUGCUAUGGAGGUAAAUUUACCCAAGGAAGAGCAAAGUCUAAGAACAAAAUCUCUCUCAACCAAAAACCUUCAAGAUAAACUUUCAGAAACACAGCUUGUAGAACUGAAAUCUCUCUUAAACAAGAUUAUGAAAGAAGGUUGUAAAGACAGGCUUUCUGAAACAGAAGUAAAAAGUCUGAAAUCUGUUUUAAGCACUAGCUUUCAAGACCUUCCUGUAGAAAAUAUUUCAGUGGAAUUAGAAAGCACAUACCAGAAUAUAUCUUUGAAAAAUGGUGAAGGGAAACCACUUACAGUAACUGAUAAAAAUGUAUUUGAGAGCAGGCAAGAUCAUGCAGCAGAGAAUCUUGAUAAAAUGUCCAUAAUAAAUGAAAAGCCCAUUUUAAGAAAAGAGAAGUGUAAACUUCCUGUAGAUAAUAUUUCAGAACAGGUGUGUGCAGUGGUUAAUCUAAACAAAGAAACCCAAACUAAUAGUUUAGGAACCUUUCCACAAAAAGGAAAAAAUUGUUUUGAAAGAGAAACUCAAGUUUUACAAAGUUGUCUCAGUAAUACAGAGAAAACAUAUUCAAAACUGGAUUUUGAAAAAGCAUUAAAACCAAAGCACUCUGAUGACUCUUUGAGAGGAACACCUGAAACAGUAGCCCCAACUUCCUUUUUAAGUUCUCAUGAUACUGAAGUCCAAACAGAGCUUAAGGAAUAUCUCUCCAAGUCAAUGUUCUCCUUUCCCGCAAGCCCUCCAACAUUUAUCUUUUUACGUUCAGACUCUGAGGGAGCAGGAAAACCACCACACAAGUCUUGUGGAAAAGCAAAAGGUAAAAAAAAACAUAUUAAUAAAGUUUCUAGAAAGUGUACUGUGCCACAUCAAGGACAAGUAGUAAUGGGUAUGCAAUUUAAGGAGGAGAAACAAACUGAUUUGAAUAAGUCUAAAGAAGGCUUAAAGGGAAAACACAAAAAACAUCCUGAACCAGCUUCUUUCAUACUGGGUGUUUCAGGAUCCAAGAAAGAUUCAAAAUGUUCUAUGUUAUCCUAUACUUUAAAUAAAGAAAACUCAAAACAGAAAGCAGAGCAAGAAAAAAGGCAUGACGGUAGAUCAAAGAAAUUGCUUAGCAAGUCUAUUAAGGUACCAUCAGCCACUAUGUCUGAACAACAGCUCAAGCGCUCUGCAAACAUGGUUCAAGAAGAAUCAUCUCCGAGUUCCUUUCCAAGACCUUGGCGUGCAAAGAAAAACAUAUCUCAUUGUACAGACAGAGAAGAUUUAGACAUGGAACUAUUUAAGCAUCUUGAAAAAGCUGUAAAAAGGGCGCUGCGUGAUUUAGGAAAGGCUCCAGAAGACAGCACAUGCCAGCCAUUACAUUCUGUAAGACCACAUACUGCUCCAGAUAUUUGUAAUCCAACUGAAGAGACCUCUAAAGCACAGCCUGCUUGCUCUUGCACAUCUUCUUUAGAUUCUUUUGUUGGUGAAGAUACAGGACAUAUGACCAGCUCAGAAUCUGAAUACUUGGACAGUCCAGUGGAGCAGGUAGAAAUAUAACUCCUGAUAAGUGGGAAGUUGUUUCUAAAGUUCUUCAAAAAAUAUUACAGCAAAACUGGAAACCUAAGACGGAUAGUUAAGCAAGUCAGCAGGCUUCAUGCAGACAGUUGAUAUGGCUAAAACAAGCCUUAUUUUUAAGUCUUGCUCAGGGGCAAUAUUUCAUCUGCCUAUUUUUUCAGUGGUAAAUAAACAAACGUUCUUCUUGCA